UUUUAGCCAGCUUGUUUUAUCUUUACAACCUUUCCUUCAUUAUUCAUAUCAUUUUCAGGACUCAAGUGAUAAACUUUAUCAAAAAAAGGUUGUUUGAUAAUGUGCGGCAACAAAGACACGUCAAAGUUCGGUUUGGAAAUAAGAGUAGAAAAUGGUUUUCCUGCGACACACGUUUUUACCGUGUCUGCGAAUUUCCACCGUGGUCCUCUUCUUCUGCUGCGUCUACUGCGCCUUCUACUGCUUCUCGAGCAACCAGGACCAGUCGGGCCUCGUCCUGACCGACUUGGGCCGCAUGUUGGGCGACCUGAACGCGUUCGACGCGACGUUUGGCCGGCGCCAGGUCGUUUUCUUCGUCGAGACGAGCAACUCGGGCAAAGUGUUGGAGCGCCACGUGUGUUCCCUGGAGGCGGCCGCUAGUCUCAACCCGAACGUCACCGUCCUGCUGGUCAUGACGCAGCAAACGAGCCAAAUUCGACGGGAAAAUAACACUGCCCUCGUUCGCCUCCUCGAUGAAUACCCUAAUAUUCGGCUAGCCUGCGUUGAAUCCAAGCAGCUGUUGAAAAACACCGUUCUGGAGGAAAUUUGGACGACGAAGUUUCUUCACUCGGUCGCGCCGGUGCAGCACCUGAGCGACCUGGUGCGUCUGGCGCUGCUUUGGCACUUUGGCGGCGUCUACAUGGACCUGGACGUGCUGACCGUCCGGAAUCUGUCCCUGGUGCUGCGAGAGGCCAACCUUUUGGCCGCCGACGACGCGGACCACCUGAACAGCUGCGUCAUGGGCUUCGAGCGGCGCCACCCUUUGCUGCAGACCCUGCUCGAGGUGGUGCGUGCCGAGUACGAUCCCAAAUCCUACUCGACGGUGCCCACGGCCAUCAACUCGGCCGUCGUCGCGUAUUUUAAUUUGUCCGUCGAGGAGGCGGUCAAACUCAGAAAAUGGCAAGGCGUGCGAUUCUACAACUCGAACAGCUUCAGUCCUUUCAAAUACGCUAAAUACCUGAACCUGUUCUACCCGACCAGCAUUAAUUGGGCUGAUAGAAUUUCUAGAAGUAGCUACGGAGUCCACUUCUGGGGCUCUCACACCAAUAACAUUUUGUUCAAAGAGAAUUCGACUGCGCCGUUUGUCCAACUGGCGCGAAAAUUCUGUCCGAAAACGUACCCCAGUUUGUAUACAUAAAAGUCGGUACAUAUCAAAUCGGUUUCCAUUUAUAUUCAGUUAAGUUUAUUUAUUAAUUAAUAGUUUAUUUCUCUGCUAUGUCAUUUACAUAUAUCAAAAAGAGUAAAAAGGCACAUAUGUAUACAAAGUGAUCAGGUCACUGAAACGUCGGCAGUCAAAGAAUCGUCGAGUCGUACACAGCCUAAGCUAAAAAACAC